UCUAUCGAAGCUCCUCCUUAUUGUAUACCAACAAUUGCAGAUAUAUCUGUUACUUGCAUGAUCCACUGCUGCAUCGGGAAGAAGGGGCAUGGUAUACUCGUCGAUUCCUGCAAAGUCAUGCUUUCUCACAACAUACGAUCUGUGGCAUGUGCGAUCUCGAAGCACUUUUCCAAAAGUGAUGUUUCUUGGGUGGGAACAGGUUAUCUUGUCAAGUUGGCUAGAUUGUGUUUGUGUCAAGAUUGUAGUCAAACGCAACUAUCAGAUGUGGUCAUCGCAUGGAUGCAUGAACUCGAGAACACGAAUGAGCCCAGAUUCGACGAAGCCAAUUCUGUUGUUGACGAUCAGAAGAGAUCGAUGGUCGCGGAACCGGCACCUGUCAGAACACUGGUCGCAGCUUCUGUUGCUACACGCGACCUCUUCAGCAAAGUUUGUGGCUUUUGGUCUUGA